AUGGGGCGCGCGCCGUGCUGCGACAAGGCGAGCGUGAAGAGGGGCCCGUGGUCGCCGGAGGAGGACGAGCUGCUGCGGAGCUACGUCCGGAGCCACGGCGCCGUCAGCAACUGGAUCGCGCUCCCGCAGAAAGCAGGGCUUAACCGGUGCGGCAAGAGCUGCCGGCUGAGGUGGCUCAACUACCUCCGGCCGGACAUCAAGCACGGCGGCUACACCGAGCAGGAGGACAUGGUCAUCUGCUCCCUCUACAACUCCAUCGGAAGCAGGUGGUCUAUCAUCGCAUCCAAGCUUCCCGGCAGGACGGACAACGACGUCAAGAACUACUGGAACACCAAGCUCAAGAAGAAGGCCAUGGCCAUGCACCACCAGCAGCAGCACUACCACCACCACGGCACCGCCGGCCGGGGACAUGCCCGCGCUGCGACGAUCGCCACGCCACCGCCCGCUCCGCAGAGCCAAUGCGCAUCAUACAUGCAGCCCUCGCCCGCGUCCGCCUCGUCCGCCGUCACCACCGCGAGCGGCGACGCGGCCAGCUUCGGCGCCAUGUACUCCCCGUCUCACCAGGCUGCGCCACUCGGUCACUACAACGUCAACGCGGCGGCGCCGCUUGCCGAAUUCUCGGCCAUGCCGACGCCGGCCGCGGCCAACAGUUGGGCCAUCAACAUGGCCUUCGAGGACAUGUUCUUGCCCGAGCUCGUCGGGGGCGGGGACUUCUCCCAGGCGGACCUGUUCGGCGGGUUCGGGGCGUCGCUGCUGCAAGCGCAAGACAGCAGGGCGCAAUCGUCCCUGCAGGAGCUCUCCGCGUGCUACUUCCCCAACGCGCAGGCGGAGAUGUGGGCGGCCGCCGCCGACCACGUCAACGUCAAGUCGCCGGGCGCCGGCCUGUGCCCCAGCCUGACAUGA